GAAAACUAUUUAUAUGAUCCGUUUAUGAAUCUGAUGGUAGUGCGGACCACGGACAAAUACUGUGACUGAAUUUGUAUUAACCGCAUGGUAUAUAGUUUAAAAUUGCACAUAUCACUUAAGUAUGAUGUUUUCUUUGCGAUACGUUAAAAAACCGUUUGUUUUAAAUACAAUGUAAACGGAUAUUCAACGGUGAUAUACUUGCCGAUGAAUAAAUCUACCACAAUAUGGCAGAACAACAACAGUCACCUUCAGGCUUUAAACGUAUGUCUUUAGAUAAAAUUAUUGAAGCUAUGACUGCUGAUUUAGAAAGUUCCAAUGGUCAUUAUGUCCAAUUUGGUGUAAAUCAACAACAAGCUACGUCUCAUAAUUGGGGAGAUUAUUCUUCAAGUCAGACAAGACAUUAUAUCACUAGUCAAACUCCGCAGUCUAAUCCACCUACAAUGCAAUCAAUGACUCCGAUGAGUUCUCCUCUUUAUAUGCAAGAUAUGUCAAGUUAUGAUUCUGCAGCUGAAUCAAUUUAUUUUCCAUCGCAAACGGUUAAUCAUUUAGGUAUAAAUGAAAAUAAUGACUUGAUUGGUACAAUUGAUGUCGGAGGAGGCAAUUAUAUCAAUGUAAUUUAUGGAAAUGCUUCUCAAUUCAUGGCAGAACAAUGUCAACUUUCAAAUAUAACAUCAUAUAGAAAUCAAAAUAUGAUUGAUCGAGAAUAUGGUUUAUUUAAUGAUCGCCAUAUUACAGUACCAUCUGAUUUACCAACUCAAAAUUUCAAUGGAAAACAAUUAAUUGACAAUUUAGUUGGUAAUUGGGUACCAAAUCAAUCUGGAACCUAUAGUCCCUUUGGUGGGUCUCCAAAUGUAACACCAGUACCACAAUUGAACAUAGAAAUAAGAGAACCUGAUGAGCUACCUAGAUGUUCCACAGACACACAACAUAAAAAGCCUCGUGUAGUAGCAGAAGUGAAACCUAUGCGACCUUCAUAUUCCGAUGUACUGACAAAAUCUGCUCCAACACCUCCAUCUCCAUUAACAGUUCAAUCUACAAAACCGAAACCUGAAUCUACAAGUAAGAAGAUUUCCAAUAAAAAUUCGAAGAAUAAAUCCAAAUCUGCAGUAUUAAAGAGGCAAUAUUCAUCUGGAAGUGAUGAUCACAAUUCUCCAAAAAUCCAAGUACCACGGAAAGUUUUAGAAAAGAAUAAUUCAAACCUUCCAAGACGUUGGGUGUCAUUAGAUAACCUUGGUUCGCAAACUGAAUCUCAUGAAAUAAAUACUUUUGAUAGAUCGAAUCAAUUUGAAAAGAAAAAAGUUUCUAAAACAGCUAAGAAGACAGAAAAAGGAGAAACACUUAAUAAUUCAAAAGUUCAAAAUAGUAAUUCAAAAUCAAUUGGAAAUUUUCUUAAACGACCUAUACAAAUAAAUAACAACUUGAACACAAUGAAUACUUCCAGUCAAACUGUUUCUCCUGAAAAAAUGGAAAAGAACCAACAAGUUGUAAAUAAAACAAAUAAAGAAGAAAAGAAAGUUACUAAAGAAAAGAACUGUAAACGUUUUCAAGCUGAAAAAGCACAGCAGAUUAAAAAAGCUCAACGAAAUCGGAGAAGAGAGAAUAGAGAAUCCCCAGUGAAAGAUUUGUGUAAAAAUUUAAAUAAAUAUGCCAGUCGUUGGUGUAAAAUUGGAUUAAAAAUAUUUCAUUGGUUGUUACAUUUAGUAUCUGACGUAGUUAGUAUGAGUGCUAAUCUUAUUAUUCAACUUUUUAAAUGUGGAUGGUAUCAUACCAUAUUAUAUUUGAAAUACUCAUGGAUUUACAUAGCUGUAACAUUUUCAAAAAUUCGAAUCUUAAAUGCUGUUGGUAAACAAUUAGAUAAUUGGUUUGGAAAUAGUAAAUUUGCAUUUUGGCGUAAAAUAAAAGCUAAAAGCGAAGAAAAAGAAGAAAAUAGUAACUGGAUACGUGGUGGUCUUGAAACUAAUAUUGCAUUACCUAGUACUGGUGAAGAAGCUAUGAAGAGAUUAUUAGCUUGUAAAGGAAAAGAUCCUUACAGUAUACUUGGUGUAACACCAACGUGUUCAGAUGAUGAUAUUAAAAAGUAUUAUAAGAGGCAAGCUUUUUUAGUUCAUCCAGACAAAAAUAAUCAACCUGGUGCAGAGGAGGCAUUCAAAAUACUUGUACAUGCCUUUGAUAUAAUUGGUGAACCGGAACGUAGACAAGCAUUUGACCAAACAAGACAAGUAGAAGCAGCUUGGGGUGAACUGAGCGAUUUACUCUCUCAGCUUCACAGAAAAAUGGAACAAGCAGCAAAUACAAUAAGGUGUACAAAUUGUGGCCUGAGGCACAAAAGAAUUCCUACACAACGUCCUUGUUAUGCAGCACGAUUUUGUGCUCAAUGUAAAAUACGUCAUAGUGCGAAAGAAGGAGACAUCUGGGCAGAAUCUCGUUUAAUGGGUUUUCUUUGGCAUUAUUAUGCAUGCAUGGAAGGAGCAGUAUACGAUGUCACUGAUUGGGCAGCUUGUCAAGCUGGUAAUUUAAAACAUCUGAGAGCAAAUACUCAUAGCGUACAGUACAGAAUCGUCUUAGGCCAACGACCACCAUCGCAAACAGCCACUAGUGGUAAAAAACGGCAACAAAUAGACCCAAAUACGAGCGAAGCAGACUUUGAAGACUUUUUAAAUAAUCUGUACAAUCACAGCAAAACCGGAACUUCAAGCGCACCAGGAGAUCAAAACUCCUUUAGAGAUUGUAAGCGACGUAAAGCUAAACGUAAGAAGUAAAAAAUAAUGGCAAGUUACUUCCUAAUCUUUUAGUAUCCUUCAUGUAUGAUUAUACAGUAAUAUCCAUACAUACUUCUCCGAUGAAUUUUCAUAUUCUUUCCUUGAAUCAAAUUUCAAUAAUAACCAAAUAAAUUAGAUCAAUCUGAAUAUUAGUAAUAUUCAGUGACUUCAGCACAAUAUUCAAAUUAUAUAAGACAAAUUUUAAAAAGUAUACAUAUAGGUAUGUCUCGGUAACAUAUUUGUUGUCAUUAAAAAUAACUUGAUUUUUAUUUUGAUUGUAAUGAUAAAAGUUUAGUAUAGCAAAAAUGACGCAAGGUAAAGCUUAUUUAAGAAGUGUGUUAAUGUUAGAAAAAUGAUUUAAAAAGUAUUUUAAUCAUUGACUUCUACGUGAAAAUUGCUUGUACUUUCCUAGAAUAACAAAAUAUACAUUUUAAAUUUAUUUAAAAUAUAAAGUUCCGUAAUAGUACAGUGUAUUAAAUGUAGUAAAAACGUAUUGUGAAUUAAAUUUUAGAGGAGAAAGAAAUUAAUUCUAAAUUAAAACAUGAUGAAAACUAUGUAGAUUACGAGACAUUUUCAUAUUACACUCAUAAUAUAAAUCUUAAUAAUACAGAUUGCGAAUUGGAUUAAUAAAAGGAGAAGAAAGUAGGACAAGUAGUAGUACUUUGAGGAAGACAGUGCACUUUUAGCAUUAUAAUCAACUUCUUUAAUACUAUUAUUAAAUUGUUUAUUUGGUUCUGUAAUAUUAUUAUUAAGUGAUUCAUCAUUCUUCUCUUUUUUUUCUCAUUACUAUCUUUAUCAGAUAUGAUAGCGUCAUUCGAGCUCUUUUCUGAGGAAUUGUUAUCAUCUUUCUUAUUAAUUGUUGCUAAUGCAAUUUCUUCCUUUGUAAAUUUUGUAGUGCUGCUAUUUGUACUUGCUCUUGUCAAUCUCGAAGACGGGAGCACAAAUUUACUUACUACACUGGAUGUCAUACUAUGUGGGUCAACUCGUUCAAAUAAAAACUCUUGCUCCUCUUUCUUUUUACUGUCUUGUCGAGAUACUUGUUUUGUUUGUUGAGUUUUCAACAUCAAUCUUUUGAGGGUGACUCUCGUAACUCUUUUCGGAGUUGUAGGUGGUUUUUUAACUUUCGGAAUAUCUUUGGUCCCUGGCGAGUAUAAUUUAUGGUGUACUACACCAACAACAAACGGAGCCCUUUUCUUCAUUUUGUUCAUUUGUCCAUUGUAAGAGCCUUUCUGCACGUGUUUCUACCAGACCGGGUGUCUAUUUCUGUAAACAUAAUCAAAUAAUAAAUAUUAAAAUAAAAAUAAAUAAUAAAAAAUUGUAUUACAUAUUAUAUAAAUUUGAUAAUCUUUUAAGUUUGUUCAAUUUUUGAUUGAAGUUAUAAUAGUAACCUC